AUGGAAAUCGAAGAACAACAAAUAGAAUCAUCAAAUAGCAAAUUUAAGAAAUUUCGAAAACGUAUUUUUCAUCCGAUUAGUCGUUAUAGAAACAAAAAUAAAGAUGAACAACAAGCUAGUCUUCUGCAAGAACCAAAUAAAAAAACUGAUCCACCUAUUCGAAAUGAAGAUUAUGAAGCUACUGGCUUUGUUAUUGAUCCGCAAAAUUAUUUAUAUCAUUAUUGGCUUGGAAUUAUUUCAAUUGCUGUUGCUUAUAAUCUACUUUUAAUACCAGCUCGUUAUGCAUUUGAUGAUAUGGAUAAAAAUUUACGAAUUGUUUGGAUUUCAUUAGAUUAUAUAUUUGAUGCUAUUUAUUUAAUUGAUAUUUUUCUACAAUCGAGAACAGGUCAUUUUAGUCAUGGUCUUUUUGUUCGUAAUCAUCAUGUUUUAUCACGAAAAUAUUUUACAUCAUAUCAAUUUUAUAUUCGUGAUCUUUUAUCAAUACUUCCAACUGAUCUUUUAUAUUUAAAUCGACGUUUUCGUUUUAUGUCAAUUAUUCGUUCAAAUCGUUUUUUACGAAUUCAUCGUCUUUAUGAAUUUCAAGAAUUAACAGAAUCACGUACACGAUUUCCAAAUACAUUUCGAGUUGGAAUACUUAUUUGUUUAACAUUAACAUUAAUUCAUUGGAAUUGUUGUGUAUAUUUUCUUAUUUGUCAACAUUUGGGUUUUGGUAGUGAUGAAUGGGUAUUACCAGAAUCAGCUCACAAUGAAACUGUUGCAAUGCUUUAUACAUAUUGUUUUUAUUGGUCGACACUCUUAUUAAGUACUAUUGGCGAUGUUCCAUUGCCUGUUAAACAAUCUGAAUAUGUAUUUGUUUUGUUUGAUUAUUUCAUUGGUGUACUUAUAUUUGCAACUAUUAUUGGUAAUCUUGGUACAAUGAUAUCAUCUCAAAAUCUAUCAAGACAACAAGUUAGUCAAAAAAUGGAUGAAAUAAAACGUUAUAUGAAAUUUCGUUCAGUUAAUCGAAAACUUGAACGAAAAGUAAUAAAAUGGCUUGAUUAUUUAUAUACAAAUCGACAAGUAUUAAAUGAAGAAAAUGUUUUAAAUUCUGAUUUAAGUAUUGAAUUACGUAAAGAUCUUGCUAUUAAAGUACAUCUAGAAUCAUUACAACAAGUUAAAUUAUUCAAUGAUUGUGAACCAAAUUUACUUGUUGAACUUGUAACAAAAUUAACACCAAUAUUCUUUGGUCCUGGAGAUUAUAUUUGUCGAAAAGGUGAUAUUGGAAAAGAAAUGUAUAUUAUUAAACGUGGUCAAUUAGGUGUUGUUAGUGAUGAUGGAAAAACAACAUUUGUUACACUUAAAGAAGGUGCUGUUUUUGGUGAAAUAUCAAUUUUAAAUAUUCCAGGUUCAAAAAAUGGUAAUCGUCGUACAGCUAAUGUUAAAUCAAUAGGUUAUUCUGAUUUGUAUACAUUACGAAAAGAAGAUUUAUGGCUUGUACUUGAUAAUUAUCCAGAAUCAUUAGCAAAAAUUAUUGAAAAAGGUAAAUCAAUAUUACGUAAAGAUAAUCUACUUGAUGAAACACUAACUGAUUCAAAACGAUAUAUUGAACAAGAUCAAUUAUUAAGUGUACAAAAUCGUAUUAAAAAAUUAGUUGAUCUUGAUAAAUCAUUAAAUGAUCGUAUUACAAAAUUUUUAGAAACAUAUGUCGAUUCAAUAAGAUUAUUUAAACAACAAUUAUCAAAAUUAGAAUAUAGUUAUGGAGCAAGAAAACCAAGUGUUUCUUUAUCAUGUAAUAUUCCACCAUCAGUAUCAACACUUUGCCUACAUGAUAAUCUAUGGAGAUACAUCAAUAGAGACAAUAUACUCAGACAUGCAAGUGCACCAUUUUUAACAAUUGAUCAAUAA